AGAGUACUUCUCCCGAUCUCCCCUUUCUCCACGAUCCAAAUGACCGAUACCAAGGAUAACCCUUUGUUUUCCUUAACGUCGACGGGAAUCUCUUCAUUUUCGCCACCAACCGGUCCAUCUUGUUCGACUACACUAAAGGCGCAGUCGUGAAGAACUACCCCGAUAUUCCGACCGGGCCCCGGUCUUACCCGUCCACAGGCUCCGCGGUUCUUCUCCCGAUAAAGAACGCGUCGUCAGCUCCGGCUGCUAGUAUCGCCGUUGAGGUCUUGGUCUGCGGCGGGGCACAGAGAGACGCAUAUCUCAAAUCUGGAAAUGUUUCUUUACUGCGGGCGGAUCAAGAUAACCGACCAGGACCCGAAAUGGGAAAUGGAAAAGAUGCCCAUGGCCCGAUUGAUGGGUGACAUGGUCAUCUUACCAAACGGAGAAAUCCUCAUCAUCAACGGGGCGGCGUCUGGGUAUGCGUUAUGGAACAUGAGGGGAGACCCGGUUAAGACACCGGUUCUUUACCAACCCGACAAGCCGGCAGGUUCCCGGUUCCUUUCACAAGAACCGAGCACCAUACCGAGAUCGUACCCAUCGACGGCGAUUUUGGUUCGAGAUGGUCGCGUUCUCGUUGGCGGCAGCAACCCCCACAUGUACAACACCUCCAGAGACGACGAUGGUUUGCCAAAGGAGUUGAGGUUAGAGGCGUUCUCGCCCUCGUAUUUAACAGAUCCGUCCUCGGCGAGCAAACGCCCGAGCAUUGUAACCCCCGCUUCACAAGCAAGGUUCCGAUACGGAGACACAUUCCCCGUUCUAUUCCACGCCGCGGGGGAAGUUGACCACGAUCAGAUCGCCGUGACAAUGGUUGCGCCACCGUUUAAUACGCAUUCGUUUUCUAUGAACCAACGCCACAUGUAUCUUGACCAUGUGAUUAGUACACCUCCAGCACACCUCAUACCACCAAAGAGAGGUAAAGGCGCCGUCGUCGCCGAGCGUAGCACCGCCGGGAUACUACCUCUUCUUUGUGGUUCAUCAGAAUGUACCUAGCCAAGGUACGUGAUUUCUUCUAAUUUUGUCCAUUGUAUUUUUGUAAUAACCUUUCAAGGCUUUU